CAUCCGAGGUGCGCCGUAUGCCGGCGCUGUUAGUGUAACCGCCACAGAACCGGAGCGAAUUUCAAACUUCACCGCGGUGUUACUCACGGCGACGGGAGUCUUCUUUGAUCCUGAAACUGCAAGACUAGGAGGAGCUAACAUUUGAAAUGUCAGCCUUGGAGCCACGCACGUCUGAUGAUAAACUGCUAAAAUCCUGGGGUAACUCAGGUGUCACUAACAGCGACAGGGAGACGCUGGUGUUCUUUGAUCUGGAAACUACGGGACUAAACACCUCUGCAUGUGAUAUAAUUCAGCUGUCAGCCAUCAGUGGGCAAAGGACCUUUAAUGUCUACAUUUUCCCUCGCUGCGCUAUAGACGCUGGUGCCUCCAGUGCUACGGGUCUGACUAUCGACAGAGAGCAACUGCAUCUACAUGGACAGCCAGUGGUAACAGUCUCCUUAAGUGAAGCUCUUAAUUUGUUCAUCUCCUUCCUUAAAACGAUCAGCAGACCAAUUCUAGUGGGGCACAACUGUAAACAGUUUGACUGCCCUAUUCUGCUGCGCAUCCUAAUUGAGUUUAAUCUCCUAGAGGAGUUUAGGGAUGUAGUGCCAGUUUACCUAGACACAUUGCUGCUCAGCAGGAGGAUGUUUCCAUACCUCCAGAAACAUACGCAGACCUCCCUGGUCCAGCAUUUCCUCCAAAAAACUUAUGAAGCUCAUAAUGCUAUUGAGGAUGUGCGAGCUCUGCAAGAGCUCUAUAGAGUUUGGAGGCCAAGCAACGACCUCGUAAAUAAUUUUAAGACAAUAGUUUAAAUACAUCAGAGGUGUAAGUCAUUUGUUGGGUCAGUUGUAUAACUUUUAAUUGGUUCAACCACCAACAUGCAACUGAGCAUUUGCAGAGUGAAUGCUACCAACACAUACUGUAGUAGUUGCAUUCCCUCCUUGCAAACAAAACAGCUCUAAAGAAUUGGUCAAAAGCAUAUUUUAUGGCACGAAAGUGGAGAACAUUUUUAAUGAUGUGUUCAUUUUGUAUGCAACUAAAAUCAAAAUAACUGUGGUUGAUCAGUAUUAAGGUUGAUGAUAUUUAACAUUGCUAAAUAUGAUAAUUAACUAUACUGUAUGGACAGUAAUUUCGAUUUUAAGAAAUUUAAAUUUAUUUUAAAGACUCAAGAGAGAUCCAUCUUACAUGGAAUGGUUACCUUCCCAAAAACUUUGUAGCACAAGCAUAAGCACAAAACCCAACCAUAUCAGCCUAUUUGCUCUAGUUUGGUCAUUUGUUCAAUUUCACUCCCAGUUAUUUACGUAAUUGACACA